AUGUCAGACGAAGAAGAGAAUAGUCCAGAAAGCGGAGUGAAGGAACGAAGCGAGAGGGGGGAGAGGCAGGAAGGGGGAGAGGGCGAAGCAUCCCGCUCCGUGUCCCCCGCGUCUCGCACCUCCCCCGCGCCUGACGAACGUGACGACAUCGAACACAGUAUACCAGCUACGUUGAUCCAGGAUCCUAAUGCUGAAAGGUGA